AUGCAAGCACCGCCGUUGCAGGGCAUUCGGGUCCUCGAAUUCGCCGGGUUGGCUCCAGGCCAGUGAAGCUAUCUCACCAUCUCGCAUUUCGCGGUCUCUAACGACUCUGUAGGUCCGUAUGCUGGCAUGCUACUAGCAGACUAUGGCGCUCAGGUCCUCCGUGUCGAUCGUGCCCAUCCCAAUGCCUACGACUCCGAAAACCCACCCCCACCGACCAACGAUCAGCUUACCCGGCACAAGACCUCGAUAACCGUCAACACCAAAUCGCCUGAAGGCAUCGCUCUGAUCAAAUCCAUCAUUCCCAAUGUCGACAUCGUCAUCGAUCCCUUCCGUCCAGGAGUGCUUGAGAAAAUGGGUCUCUCCCCAGAGAAGAUACUCCUGAGGAUCAAUCCGCGACUGAUCGUGGGCAGGAUGACGGGAUUCCGAAGAGAUGGGAAAUACAAGGACAUGGCGGGACACGACAUUAACUACAUCGCGGUGUCUGGAGUUCUGAGUAUGUUGGGAAGAGCGGGAGAAAAGCCACAUGCGCCCGCGAAUGUCGUGGGAGACUUCGCUGGUGGAGGUGCAGUGCUGUUCAUGGGCAUUGUUAUGGCUUUGCUACAACGGGAUUCGAAGACUGGACUUGGACAGGUUGUGGAAGCGAACAUGGUUGAUGGCUCUGCGCAUCUCGCUUCCAUGCCGAGGUUCUCUACCAAGACACCACUGUGGAAUGCACCGCGCGGCACGAACACGCUUGAUGGCGGUGCGCCGUAUUACGAUACGUACGAAACGAAGGACGGAAAGUAUGUGGCCGUCGGAGCACUGGAGCCGCAAUUCUACUCUGCUUUGCUGAAAGGAUUGGAAAUCGAUCCUAGCAAAGAACGUUGGGUGAAGGAUCGACUAAAUAAGCAAACGUGGCCUGACCAACGAAAUGCUUUCACCAAGAUCUUCAAAUCGAAGACGCGCCAAGAAUGGGAGAAUAUCUUCGACGGUACGGACGCUUGCGUGACACCCGUCCUCUCGCAAGAAGAACUGGAGAAGGGAGGUUUUGAUCAGAGACCUAUUGUCACGCUGCAAGGUUCUCCGGGUCUGGCAAUCUCCGACGGGGAUGCGGAUAAGAGGCCUUAUGCUACGGGAGCGGGAAUCGGAGUCGAAGGAGAAGGAUGGAAUACGCCUGGGCUGAGACCUGGAGAGGGAGGUGAGGAAACGCUCGCUCAAUGGACUGGGUGGCAUCGUGGCAGGCAUUAUCAAAUCAAGGAUGGAGCGAUGGAGCUGAUUGACAAGAAGAGCAGGCCGAGACUGUAG